AUGUCGUGUAGUGUCAACCUCGUCAGAUCUCGCCGCUCCGGCACUCUAUACGUCGAGAAGCGUAUCCCGGCCAGCGGGGAAAUGAAGAAGUACGCUCGGGCCAAGCUGGAAGAACUCGUGCGGUUCGGCCGGGCGUCGCGCCAUACCACUUAUCUCGUCGACGACUAUCGGGAGCGUGGGCACAUCGUGUUGAUACCGGAGUACUGCGAUUUGGGUUCGUGUAACGACUUGAUGGAGGACACGGACGGCAUUCCACUACCCGAAGAUUACCUAUGGCACAUCCUCAAAGACAUUGCGAAAGGGCUGGUGUUCAUCCAUCGAGGCAUCGCAGACUCGACAGGCAUUCCGUUCCACCUGAAGCCAGGACAUUUUCCUCUCCACGACUGGUCAUAA